GAGCAGAUCUGGACUCGAGCACUGUAUCUGCCUUUAGCAGCAUACUUUAGCACUGGAAACAAACCUUCAGAAGGAAAAAUGGAUCGCUGGUGUUGGUCAUCAGAAACUAACAGCUUUCGACGUUUCACCCCUGAGUCUUUGGCUGCAAUUGAGCAAAGAAUUGCUGAGAAAAAAAAGCAGCCAGACAAAGAAAAAGAGAAAAAUAAGGACCAAGGAGUUGAAGCAGAGCAACUUACUCCCCGGCUUGAUCUGCAAGUCUGCAAAAAGCUGUCAUCUAUUUAUGGGGACAUUCCAUCAGAGCUCAUUGGGGAACCCCUGGAGGAUUUUGAUCCGUACUACAGUGAUCACAAGACUUUUAUGGUGCUAAACAAAAAGAGGACUAUUUUCCGAUUUACUGCCACACCUGCCUUGUGUAUAUUUGGUCCUUUUAAUCCAGUCAGAAAAGCAGCAAUUGAAAUUCUGACCAAUUCGUGGUUUGCUGUCUUUAUUUUAUGUACUCUGUACCUCAAUUUUUCAUUAUUGACUGUACGUCAGCUUCCACCAGAACUCAACUGGACUGAGUAAGUAUCUCAAAUUGCUUUUACUGGCGUAUAUACUGCUGAAAUGUUGAUAAAAAUACUAGCAAGAGGAUUUGUUUGGAAUGAAUUCACCUUCCUUCGAGAUCCGUGGAACUGCUUGGAUCUGUCUGUUAUUAUUGUAAUGUAUGUUGCUACAUUUGUAGAUAUAGGCGAUGUUUCACUUUUUGCAUCUGUCAGAGUGCUGAGGACUUUGAAAGCCAUUUCAGUAAUACCAGGUUUGAAAAUCCUGGUAAAUUCAAUUGUUGAAUCUCUUAAGAAACUUGCUGACGUGUUGAUCUUGACUGUAUUUUGCCUGAGUAUAUUUGCCCUAAUAGGCCUCCAGCUUUUUAUGGGCAAUUUAAGGUUCAAAUGUGUCCUCAAUAAUACUGUGUACAGUGACUCAUUAUGUAAGGAUCCCAAGAUCUAUGUACCAAGUGAUGAAGAUAUCUGCCACAGAAUGAAUGACUCUUCUGACAUAUUGCUCUGUGGGUUCAGUUCAGAUCCCGAGAAAGAGUGCCCAGAAAACUAUACCUGCCAGAAGAUUGGGCAGAAUCCUGACUUUGAUUAUACAAGUUUUGAUCAUUUUGGCUGGGCCUUCCUCUCUGUAUUCCGUCUGAUGACACAGGAUUCCUGGGAGCGCCUCUACAGACAGACUAUCCGUACAUCUGGAGUGACCUCCUUUUUUUUUUUUGUGAUAUUCAUCCUUCUCUGCUCAUUUUAUCUCUUCAAUCUGAUCUUGGCUGUGGUAACUACGGCGUAUGAAGAGCAAAACAGAGCUGAAACAGAGACCAAGAAAAAACUACUUCAGGAAGCCCAAGACAUUAUAAAGAAAGAACAGGACUAUUCAUAUGCCACUUUCCCUCUUUCUCUGCUAGAGUCAAAAGUGAAAUGUCCUGCAUUGUGGAAACGUUUUGCUCUAAAGUGUCUGGUUUGGAAUUGUUGUCCACUCUGGAGAGCAGUCAAAGAGAAGGUGAAAUUGGUGAUUUUGGAUCCAUUUGUUGAUCUCUUUAUCACAGUUUGCAUUAUCUUGAACACUUUAUUCAUGGCUAUUGAGUACCCUGACAUGUUGCCAGAAACCAGAAAAAUGUUUACUAUAAGUGAUGAGGUCUUCACCCUGAUUUUUACACUAGAAAUGAUCUUGAAAAUCAUUGCUCUAGAUCCUUACUACUAUUUUCAGAACAAGUGGAAUGUUUUUGAUAGCUUGGUUGUUUUGAUUGGCCUACUGAGCUUUGGGACCAAUCUGUCACCUUUCAGAGUGGUAAUGAUUUCUUUGCUAUUUUUUAAAAGUACGUGUAUUGUAUGGAUUUGUGAAAGAUUACAGUGA